GGAGGGAGAGCUAGGAGGAGAUGGACUGGACCAUAUUUUUGGCUGUGAUGGGGGGAGAGAGGAGAACUAAAGGGAGAAAAGGGAAAUAAGGAAAGGAUGAACUUAGAUAUAUUGUUGGCUGUACGGCGGAGCGUGGUCUAGCGUUUGAAGUUUAAGGAAGGCUCGAGCCUACCCUCGACCUGGGACUGAUACUCCCACAGAGGUCCGUCCGGUGGUUUGGUACGGCCUGGCCCACCGGACCUGCCAGAGCUCAGUCGGCCGCAGCUCAGCUGGGCUCCCGGCGCCGCCUCCUCCCAGCCUGCGGUAGGCUGCCGGGCUUCUGUGGGUGGGGGAAGGCUGGACUGAUGCAGCAUGCCCAGUGCCAGUGGUUACCCUGUUGGACAGCGAAGAUAUAGAAUAUUUCCAUCAUUGAAGAACAUUCUGUUGGUCAUUGUUGGCCUGGAGAAACUCGAAGAUGACAACGGCAGCACGACAAGAAGUUCUUGGCCUCUACCGCAGAAUUUUCAGGCUUGCGAGGAAAUGGCAGGCUGCAUCAGGGCAGAUGGAAGACACCAUUAAAGAAAAACAGUACAUAUUAAAUGAAGCCAGAACACUGUUUCAGAAAAACAGAAAUCUUACAGACACAGACCUGAUUAAACAGUGUAUAGAUGAGUGCACAGCCAGGAUUGAAAUUGGACUGCAUUACCAGAUUCCUUAUCCAAGGCCAAUUCAUCUACCUCCUAUGGGCCUUACCCCACUACAAGGCCGGGGACUUCGAAGCCAGGAGAAAUUGAGGAAAUUUUCCAAACCAGUAUAUCUCAAGUCUCACGAUGAAGUUUCCUAACCCAGAAAAAAAAGUUUUUUUCUGAGAAUGAUGAGCGAACUAGGCCUUAAAUGUAAACCAGACAGCAAAGCUCUUCUUGAUUAGGAGCAAAAAUCCAAAUAUCUUCUUA